CAUCUUGCCUGAAACUGAUUUCCGGUGUAUGGCAUCCCGUUGUAAACAUGGCUGUAUCUCGUGUCCGAAUCUGCACCAACUUUAUACACACACAUAUUCUUAACCCAUUUUUUAACCGCAAUCUCCGGACAUUUUCUUCUUGCAACUCCGUGGCCUCUUUCAAAAGUGCGCAGUCACUCCAGAGCCAUUACCCCAACAGUAAUCUAGAUCCAUAUUCUCCGCCGUCAUCUGAGAAAUCCUCCAUAGAUUCCGAUAACUUCACAGGAUAUAUUCCCAUUGAUAAACUUCAAAUCAGUUAUAUGAAAUCAAGUGGGCCAGGUGGACAAAAUGUUAAUAAAGUUAACACAAAAGUUGAAGUACGUUUUCAUAUUCAGUCCGCAACAUGGAUACCCUCCUGGAUCAAGACAAAAGUGAUAGAAGAGAAUCACACAAAAAUAAACAAAGAAGGAUUCCUUAUUGUGACAUCGGAUCGUACACGAAAACAGCUUCUGAACCAAGCUGACUGCAUGCAAAAGCUACGGAAUAUGUUCUUCAAAGCCAGCUUCCAACCUGCUGAGCCUUCUGAAGAAGAUCUUCGAAUAAAAGCUGAAAGGGAAGCAAAGGCCCAAAGAUUAAGAAUCAAAGCCAAGCGUGAACAUUCAUUAAAGAAACAGUCACGACAAUCUUCGGGUUAUGUCUCCAUGUGAGGAGAAAGCUGCCCCAUUUGCAACAACAGAUUUGACUAGUUUGCCUGUGUUUGAUAUCACAAUACAAAGAGACUGGAA